CACAUAGUGUACAAACUGGGACAUACAGCUGCUCAGAUGUUGGUCAUUUCUUUGUGAUGAAAACACCGAACAUCCCUUCUAGCAAGCGCACAACUGCUCUAUAUGGCCACCCUCCCGUGAGGUGGGAGCUUUCUCAUCUUUGGCCCUUAAGGAGGUCUGAAGUCUGCCUGAAAGAUGUCAUCCCUCAAAGCCAUCUUCCAGUAUAUUGAUGAAAACCAGGACCGCUAUGUCAAGAAACUUGCAGAAUGGGUGGCCAUCCAGAGUGUGUCUGCCUGGCCCGAGAAGAGAGGAGAGAUCAGAAGGAUGAUGGAAGUAGCUGCUGCGGACAUCCAGAUGCUUGGGGGUUCCGUGGAGCUGGUGGAUAUUGGCAAGCAGAAGCUCCCAGAUGGCUCAGAGAUACCCCUUCCUCCCAUCCUGUUGGGUAAGCUGGGCAGCGACCCCCAGAAGAAAACAGUGUGCAUUUAUGGGCACCUGGACGUGCAGCCUGCGGCUCUGGAGGAUGGCUGGGACAGUGAGCCCUUCACCCUGGUGGAGCGGGAUGGCAAGUUGUAUGGGAGAGGCUCAACGGAUGAUAAGGGGCCAGUGGCCGGAUGGAUGAAUGCCUUGGAAGCCUAUCAGAAGACUGGCCAGGAGAUUCCUGUCAACCUGAGAUUCUGCCUGGAAGGCAUGGAGGAGUCUGGCUCCGAAGGCCUGGAUGAGUUAAUUUUUGCCCAGAAAGACAAGUUCUUCAAAGAUGUGGAUUAUGUCUGCAUUUCAGACAACUACUGGCUGGGGAAGAAUAAGCCAUGCAUCACGUACGGCCUCCGAGGCAUUUGUUACUUCUUUAUUGAGGUGGAAUGCAGUGACAAAGACCUCCAUUCUGGAGUGUAUGGUGGCUCAGUGCAUGAAGCCAUGACGGAUCUCAUUUCACUGAUGGGCUGUCUGAUAGACAAGAAGGGGAAAAUCCUCAUCCCUGGCAUCAACGAUGCCGUGGCUCCUGUGACAGAAGAGGAGUGCAAGCUCUAUGACCACAUUGACUUCAAUAUGGAAGAGUUCGCCAAGGAUGUGGGGGCUGAGACCCUUCUGCACAGCUGCAAGAAAGACAUCCUGAUGCACAGAUGGAGAUAUCCGUCCCUCUCCCUCCACGGAAUAGAAGGGGCCUUCUCCGGUUCAGGGGCCAAGACUGUGAUCCCCAGGAAAGUGGUUGGCAAGUUCUCCAUCAGACUCGUGCCCAACAUGACACCUGAAGUUGUUAGUGAGCAGGUUUCAAGCUACUUGUCAAAAAAGUUUGCUGAACUGCACAGCCCCAACAAGUUCAAGGUGUACAUGGGCCACGGUGGGAAGCCCUGGGUAUCUGACUUCAACCAUCCUCAUUACCAGGCUGGGAGAAGAGCCCUGAAAACAGUGUUUGGUGUUGAACCUGACUUGACCAGGGAAGGUGGCAGUAUUCCUGUGACCCUGACCUUUCAGGAGGCCACAGGCAAAAAUGUCAUGCUGUUACCAGUGGGGUCAGCAGAUGACGGUGCCCACUCCCAGAAUGAAAAGCUAAACAGGCACAACUACAUAGAAGGAACCAAGAUGCUGGCAGCAUACCUGUAUGAGGUGUCUCAGCUGAAGAACUGAGAACUCUCGUAUUCCAUAGAGUGCUGUGCCUGCCCGGAAACAACCUACCCUCUGCCCUCUUCCUUCCAGCUUUCUUAGGGAAGUGGAAGUUUCUUUUCCCUAUCUCCCUCAGGU